AUGCGCGGCUUGAUGGGCGGUGCGCAUCCUGGGGCAUGGAAGAUCGGACAACUGACUGGAGGCUUCGCCGUUUGUCUCGUCGUCCGCUCUGAGAACCCUGAGUUGAAAGCGGAUGAUCAGGUCGUCGGUCCCAUCGAGCACAAGCAUUACGCCAUCCGAAACGACCCGCAGAGCUUUCAAGUGCUCGAGAACCCGUGCGGACUUCCUUGGACGACGUUCUUGGGCGUCUUGGGCUAUCCAGGCAAGUCUGCGUAUGCGCCUUGGAAGGAGUGCGCCCAUGCGAUGAAGGGCGAAACUGUCUUCGUCUCCGCUGGUGCGAGCGCUGUGGGAUCGCUCGUCAUCCAACUCGCCAAAGCCGAUGGACUGAAAGUCAUCGCCUCUGCCGGCUCGGACGAGAAAGUCGCGUUCAUGAAAGAGCUUGGAGCAGACGUGACAUUUAACUACAAGACGAUGAAGACGGCGGAGGUUUUGGCGAAGGAGGGGCCGAUCGAUAUCUACUGGGAUAACGUUGGUGGAGAAACUCUCGAAGCGGCUCUCGAUAACGCGAAUAAUGGCGCUAGGUUCAUCGAAUGCGGCAUGAUCUCAGGCUACAACACCGGCGGCGCGCCGAUCCGCGUUUGUCCUCUCCUUUAUACCCUCAUUCCCUCUUCUGACCCACAUUUCUCUCCCCAGAACAUAAUGAAUGUGAUCGCCAAAUCUAUCACGAUGACUGGAUUCCUUAUAUUCUCGCUCGACGCCAAGUACAGUGCUCAGUUCUACGCCGAUAUCACCCCCAAAGUAGCCAGCGACGAGAUAAAACAUCGCGAGCAUAUUUAUGAAGGACUUGAGAAGGUCGGAGAAGCCAUAUUGGCGGUUCAGAAGGGCGAGAAUAUGGGAAAGGCGGUCGUUCACGUCGCCGAUGACUGGUCUCUUUGCUUUAUAUCCUAUCCCCUCGCGUCUCUCAAACCUCACACGUUGUACACAGCUGCAAGAUUAGCGGGAAAUGGCUUCUGGGCAGACGCGUGGGCUCCAGUGCGAGGUGACGGCUGCUCUAGGGCCUUCACACACUUCUUCCUGCAGGGUAUUCCUAGCCGCGCCCCUCUCGUCAGCUCCACGAUAUCUCUCUCACUUCAUCGCCUCUUUACUCCUGUGCCAUACCUCCAACGGAUCUGGAGACCCCCAGAACACAUCGCAGGGAUAAUUGCCUCAGAGACCGUUCGCAUGAAGCGGCCGAUUAUCGUUACGCAAACCAGCAAGGUCUGUGUGGCAACCCCCGGUGCAUUCUGGGAUCCUUUCUCCCGUGAACUGGUUCUCUCGUCGACGUUCCUGAUGCGUUCUCGAGUGAUUGUCGCACUCUCGCCUACCCAGCCUUACGAUGCCCAGUGCAUCCGCUUCGCAAAUAAAUAUUCAGAAUCUCCCUUGCUGCGAGUUUCUAUCCUACCCGAACUUAAAUCUUGCGCGUCCGACUUCAAUUCGUAUGCUGACCAGAGGACGUCCACUUGGCACCUCAUCAAAGCUACGCCGAUCAACCCGAAUUUUUGCACGCCAAGCGAUAUGUCCAGUAUAAGAGCCGCCGCUGUGUUAAAUCACCCAAAGCCUGCCAAACCCCUAAUCCACUCUCCUCUCCACCCUUCUCUUAUAAAAAUGGCCCCAGUGGUCAACGGACGUGUUAUUUUCAACUCCAUUCCCGAAGGUUUCCCUGUCCCCGGCGAGACGGUCGUCUACGACACCUCCGAGAGCAUCGACCCCGAGACCAUUCCUCUGAAUGGCGGAUUUCUGUUGAAGACCCUCGAGCUGUCCAUCGACCCGUACAUGCGAGGUAGGAUGCGGGACUCCAAGAUAGAGUCGUACAUCCCGGCGUUUGAGUUGGGAGAACCGUUGUCAGGCUAUGGAGUCGGUGUCGUCCUCAGGUCUGAGUAUCCGGGGAUCAAUCCCGGGGAUCACCUUUACGGCGGGCUUGAGCACAAAGAGUAUACGAUUAGAAAAGAUUUGAACCUGCUCUCAGUCAUCGAGAACCCUUACAACAUUCCCUGGUCAGCCUUCGUUGGCGUUCUAGGUAUGCCGGGUACGACUGCGUAUAUUGGGUGGAAGGAGUAUUCCCGAGCAAAGAAGGGCGAGGUCGCUUUCGUCACCACCGGUGCUGGCCCAGUCGGAUCCCUCGUGAUUCAGCUCGCCAAAGCAGACGGCCUGAAAGUCAUCGCCUCAGCCGGGUCCGACGCCAAGGUCCAAUUCAUGAAAGACCUCGGCGCUGACGUCGCCUUCAACUACAAGACCACCAACGUACCCGAAGUGUUGGCGAAGGAAGGCCCGAUUGAUAUAUAUUGGGAUAAUGUCGGCGGGAAGACGCUCGAAGCAGCGCUUGAUAACGCAAAGAUCCGCGCUCGGUUCAUUGAAUGCGGCAUGAUUACAGGGUACAACACGGGUCACGAACCCGUCCGCAACCUCGCCCUGAUCAUUGGGAAAACGAUCAGCCUGAAUGGAUUCCUCGUCUUCCACCUCGAGGCUCAGUACCUCGAGGAAUUCUACAGGGAGCUCACGCCGAAAGUCGCCAGCGGCGAGAUCAAGUACCGGGAGCAUGUGUAUAAUGGCCUCGAGAGCGCCGGGGAGGCGAUAUUGGCUGUACAGAAGGGCGAGAAUAGGGCGAAGGCGGUCGUCCAUGUCGUGGAUGAUUAG